UGGCUUGCUGGGGGACACACGAUUUCUCUAACUCUCCUCUUCCCUGCUUAGAAGUAUGGCCAGCUGUGUGUAGCACCUCCAACAGGUGCCGCCGCCCUGCCGCGCCUGGGCCGUCUGAAGACCCACCAUGUGGGAGCUCAGGGUUUCCACCUUGUGCCUGUUUGGCAUCUUCUUUGGCUCCUGCAGAGGAGGGAAAUUGCUUGCUUCUCAAGAAGGGGAGAAGUGUCCACAAAUGCAGAACGAAGGUCUCCGGCUGGACCAGAGCAGUGAUGAAUAUGUCAAUAUAACAGGAUUCAAUCUUAUUAAAAGGUUUGCUUUCCUGAAGACCUCGGCGGUUAAGAAGAUUCGCAACCCCAAAGGCCCAAUGAUUUUGCGACUGGGCGGCACCCCUCUCGUCCGGCCCACAAAACAGCUGUUUCCCCUGGGCUUGCCAGAUGAAUUCACCUUGGUGCUCACUCUGCUCUUGAAGAAACAGACCAGCAAAGAGAACUGGUAUCUCUUCCAGGUCACCGACCGUCAGGGUUACCCUCAGCUCUCCCUGGGGAUCAACAGCAAAGAGCGAAGUCUGGAGUUCCAGGCCAAGGGCCAGGAUGAGGAGUUCAUCAGUGCCGUUUUUGCCGGCAAAGGGGUUUCCUCCCUUUUCGAUCUGAAGUGGCACAAGAUGGCCCUCAGCGUCCAAAGCCAGGUGGUCUCGGUCCAUAUUGACUGCAGCUACAUCUCAUCCAAGCCAAUGCCGCUCCGCCGGCGGUUGGUCAGUGAAGGCAACGCAUUUGUUGGACUGGAUGCCACGCAGGGUGCGCCUGUGUCGUUUGACAUUCAGCAACUGCACAUUUACUGUGACCCGGCCAUGGCAAUGCAUGAGGGAUGUUGUGAGAUCUCCGAUAACGGGUGUUUUCCUGAAGCCUCUAAAACCCGUCGGGAUGUAGAAGUCAUGCAGAGUAAUGACCUGAUAGAGAUCAACCCCCAGACAGAAGGCAAGGUCUAUACACGUUGCUUCUGCUUGGAGGAGACUCAAAGCAAGCAGGAGGUGGUGAGAGGUUCCAGAAAGGUUGCUGUGAAAGGUGAUCAAGGAGAGAAGUGUCCCCCAUGUCCACAGAGGUCACCGCAUGCAAAUGCUACUCUGGGUCCCCCUGGCUUAAAGGGUGGGAAAGGCGAACGUGGACCAUCAGGAGCCCAUGGAUCCAAAGGGGAGAAAGGCGAUCGGGGUGCUGACUGUGUCCGGAUCUCACCUGAAGCUCCGUUACAGUGUGCCGAAGGCCCAAGUGGGGAGAAAGGAGAGCGAGGAGAAAAGGGUCCUCCAGGACUGGCUGGAACACUUGGACAAAAGGGGCAGAAGGGUGAGAAAGGCGACUUCGGGCUUCAAGGCAAGCCAGGGAGCCCAGGGCGUGACGGCCGGGCCGGGGAGAUCUGCGUGGUGGGACCGAAAGGCCAGAAGGGUGACCCAGGCUUCGUUGGUCCUGAAGGGCUCGCUGGGGAACCCGGACCCCCAGGGCUGCCAGGCCCACCUGGAAUUGGCCUUCCAGGGAAACCGGGCGAUCCUGGUGGUCCCCCAGGACUGAAAGGAGAGAAGGGGGGUUCGGGACCUCCAGGGCCCGGCGGGUCAACCGGAAAGCCAGGGAAACCAGGAGUCCCAGGCUUUAAAGGAGACAAGGGAGAUCCAUGUGAGAUUUGUCCCACAAUCCCUGAAGGAAUAACUAACACUGUCAGCAUCCCUGGGAAACCAGGGCCCAAGGGAGAACCCGGCCCUCCAGGGAAACCAGGCAAAUCGGACAAGCCUGGCCUUUCAGGAACCAAAGGCAACAGGGUAGGUGUCAGAUCCAGCUGCUGGACAGAUUUAUUUUCAAUAUUCCUAGGCUGCCUUUUGGUAGAAGAGACCCUCCCAAGGCGGCUUACACAAAAAAGAUCCAUACAGUCUCAGCUGCUUCCGCCAAUUGCUGAUAAUGACAUUAAGAGCGUCAUCAAACCGGUUUUCUCCGUGACUUCUUUUGUUUUUCAGGGGGACCCUGGGAUCAAUGGCAUUAAAGGAGAGAAGGGUGAGCCGUGUCUGUCAUGCAGCCCUGCGAACCUCAUGUCUCAGUUGCAACCUUCUGGAAAAGAAGGGUCCAAAGGAGAGCCAGGACCUCCUGGGAUUGGACUUCCUGGCCUUCCCGGCAAGGCAGGGCCCCCAGGGCUGGCUGGACUCAAAGGGGAAAAGGGAGAUAUUGGAGCUGUAGGCAAACCUGGAGUCCGAGGAGACAAAGGGGACACUGGAGGUUCAGGAACCAAGGGUGAGAAGGGGGAGCCUUGCAUGGAGUGCCCUGCCUCUCUAGAAGGUGGGAUGACCACGGUUGCCGUACCGGGGCAUCCAGGAGAGAAGGGCGAGCCAGGACUUCCUGGUGCUGGGCUUCCGGGAAAGCCAGGAAAACCUGGAGAAACUGGCAUGAAAGGACAGAAGGGUGAUGCAGGAAACACGGGAGAUCCUGGCAUACCGGGCACAGCGGGUUUACCGGGCCUUUCUGGUGAGCCCGGAGUCAGAGGGUCUGUGGGGGCCAAAGGCGAAAAGGGUGAUGCUUGCGACUCCUGCCCCAUCCUCAAUGGAGACCUCUCUGGUGCGGUUGGGAUCCCAGGAAAACCCGGUCCAAAAGGCGACCACGGACUUCCAGGCGUGGGACAGCCAGGCAAACCUGGAAAACCUGGACUUCCAGGAAUUCAGGGACCCCCUGGCUUGAAGGGGCUACAGGGUGAGCCUGGUCCCCCCGGGAUAGGCAGCCAAGGUCCAGAAGGAGACCCUGGACAGAAAGGCUCACCUGGCAAUCCUGGACCCCCGGGACCUCGAGGUCCAUCAGGAAAUGUUGGGGAUAAGGGUGCAAAGGGCUCCCAAGGUCCUAAAGGGGUCAUAGGCCCUGCUGGGCCUCCAGGAGCCAGCAUCACUGGCCCACCGGGGCGCGAAGGCCAGCGUGGUCUCCCAGGUAUUCCUGGCUCCAAUGGUUUAAUGGUAGGUAAGCUGCAGCUCUGUUUGCUUGGUGAAAAAGGAGCCAGAGGUGAGAAGGGAGAUUCCGGCGAAUGCAGCUGCCAACCCGGCUCUCGCGUGGAUCCGAACUAUGUAGGCCUGCCGGGCGCCCCAGGACUAUGGAUCGGGAGCUCCUGGCAGCCGCAGCCAGGCCCUCAGGGACCGCCAGGUGCUCCGGGACCACCAGGCCCACCAGGAGCUCCUGGGAGGCAGGGCAUCCCAGGACACAAUGGCUUGCCAGGACUGCCUGGGCCGGCGGGAAACUUGGGACCGCUGGCUGUUGAGGGCAUUGACGUGAUUAAGAACAUUUGUGGUGAUUGUGCUCAGGCGCAGUCGUCCCAAGCCCCCGGUGGAGUCAAAGGGGAGAAAGGUGACCAGGGCAUGCCCGGGGCUCCUGGCAUAGAAAACUGUGCUCGGUGCUUUGCCCAGUUCCCCAGAGCAGAAGAGCCACAGGAUGAAAGUGACAAUGGACAAGACUGUGCCGGCCUUCCUGGAAUCCCUGGCUUACCUGGAGACAGGGGGGAGCAGGGCCCACCAGGCUUAAGAGGCUCUCCGGGCCCUCCUGGACCAGCUGGCCCCCCAGGUUUUCCUGGAACGCCUGGCGCACCUGGAUUACCUGGUCUCCAGGGCGAACGUGGACCAUCUGGCUUCCCCGGAUCCAAGGGAGAACAGGGUCCUCCAGGUCAGCCCGGUUAUCCUGGUUCAAUGGGUCCCCCCGGGCUACCCGGUGCUAAGGGGGAACGAGGAUCCGUAGGGCCACUUGGGGAGAAAGGAGAAUCCGGUCCUCCAGGCUCAGAUGGUCUCGCAGGUCCCAUUGGGCCACAGGGUCCGAGAGGAGAGCGAGGGGCGGCAGGCAGCACGGGAGAAAAAGGCGACCAGGGAUUCCAAGGCCAGCCUGGUUUCCCGGGACCGCCUGGGCCUCCAGGUUUCCCAGGAAAAGCAGGGUCGCCUGGACCUCCAGGACCCCCAGCAGAAAAGGGUGGCGAAGGGAUGCGUGGCGCUCCCGGGAUGACCGGCUCACCGGGGCCUCCAGGACCUCCUGGGAUACAAGGCCCACCUGGCUUGGAGGGACUCGAUGGGAAGGAUGGGAAGCCGGGACUACGGGGUGACACUGGACCCGCAGGACCUCCGGGAAGGAUGGGGCCUCCGGGGUUCAAAGGGAAAACGGGUCACCCUGGACUUCCAGGACAAAAAGGCGAUUGUGGCAAACCAGGACCACCCGGGAAUACUGGCCGGACGGGGGCCGAGGGAGAGCCAGGUCCUAUGGGACCUCAAGGCAGACAAGGUCCUCCUGGUCACGUUGGUCCUCCUGGAAGUCCCGGCCAGCCAGGCCCAGCUGGACUCGCUGGAGUUGGGCUGAAGGGUGAGAGGGGGUCUCCUGGAGAAAGAGGCCUCAGCGGGAUUCCAGGCCAGCCAGGCCCACCGGGUCACCCAGGCCCACCGGGCGAGUCGGGCAUGGAUGGAGAAGUGGGCAAAGAGGGCCCAUCUGGAAAACCAGGCCCUGCAGGACCGUCUGGGCAGAAGGGCGAGCGUGGGUCUGCUGGAGAAAGGGGGCAGCCUGGAGAGAAGGGCAGAGGUGGGAUGCCAGGAGGGCCAGGAAAGAGCGGCGAAAUGGGCCCCAUUGGACCACGCGGCCCGUCUGGGGAGAGAGGACAGCCCGGCCCGCCCGGCCCCUCGGGUAGCCCCGGAAACCCAGGAUUGCCUGGGACGAUGGGAGACGCAGUCAAUUACGAUGAAAUCCGGAGAUUCAUCAGGCAAGAGCUGAACAAAAUGUUUGACGAGCGGAUGGUGUAUUACACCUCCCGGAUGCAGUUCCCCGUGGAAUUGUCUGCCCAGCCAGGAAGGCCAGGACCCCCUGGUAAAGACGGAGCACCCGGACGGCCAGGAUCUCCUGGUGCCCAAGGAAUGCCCGGACAGAUUGGGAGAGAGGGGCGGCAAGGUGUGCCGGGAAUGAGAGGUGAGCCUGGUGCCAAAGGAGAAAAAGGAGACAAAGGGAUUGGAAUCAUGGGAGAGACGGGAGCCCCAGGCCCACAAGGGAUUCAAGGACCGCCAGGAUACGGCAAGCUUGGUCUUCCUGGGCCAAUGGGACAGCAGGGUAUUCCGGGCAUCCCAGGGCCGCCGGGAAAUACCGGGCCUCCUGGGAAGGCAGGUCACUGCAACCCUUCGGAUUGCUUUGGCAUGAUGCCCCUGGAGCAGCCCAUGUACCAGCCCAAGAACAUGAAGGGGCCUUUAGGCUGAAGAUCUGCUGCACAAACCAUUUUAAAAAAAAUCACCAAAAAGGACUCCAUUGGGAAUCACCAAUGAUCUGGUCUUCGUGACUGGUCAAGGUUGAUUAUUUUUUCAUUGUUGUUAAUAUUUUGACCAUAUUUUUUCUCCAGUGGGGUUCAGCCUCUUGUGAUGGCCUUUUUUUAAAAAAAAACAACCAACAACCCGUGUGUGUAUUUGUGUGUGUGUGUACAUUUGUGCGUGUAUGGCUCAUGUCCUAAUGGGAAGUUGAUAUUGUCAUCUGGUCAGCAAAAUACAUUUCAGAACAAUGCUUCAGUCUUUCCAUUGCUAUGGGCAGGUCUAGCACAUAGCUUUCCUGUCCAUUAGGAAUUAGUUAUUAUUCUUUCAACAUUACAGGCACAAUCCAGUGGGGAGUUCCAGGAAGUACUGGAGGAUGUUGAGGAGCUCCAGCUGUCCAUUUCAGUGUGACUCGUGGGUGGAACAUCCUGGUGGAUUUUCCUCUUUUAGUUGAAACUGGAAAGCUUGGGGAUUUGGAAGGGGAAAGUUCUAAAAUGACAUUAACAGCACAAUACUAUGUGUGCCUACUCUGGAAUAAGUCCCCUGAAUUUAAUAGGAUUUCUCCUAGGUAAAUGUUGCAGCCUAACAACACAAUCCUGUGCAGAUUUACUCAGAAUUAAGUCACAUUGCAUCCUGUGAGACUUACUCCCUAGCCAGGCAGGAUCUACACUACUGCUUUAAAAUGGUUUAUAACAGUAGUGACAACUGUUGAGGCCCAGG